GUAUUCCGUGUCUACGCGCAUGAAUGGAACGCGGUGUGUUAGUCUCAGUUUACGCGUCAACGAGUGAAGAGCUUUUCGUAAUAAUACGUUAAGAUAUUGAAAGAUGACUGGGCCAAUUGCUUAUUUGACGCGCAAAGAGUCCAUAUCUUCAUGCCACAGACUUCAUAGUUCUCAACUUAGCGACGCAGAGAAUCAAAACAUCUAUGGAAAGUGCAAUAAUUUUUGGGGUCACGGACAUAAUUACACCGUGGAAGUAACUGUGAGAGGUCCUGUAGAUUUAAAAACCGGAAUGGUCAUGAACAUUUCCGACUUGAAGGUAUAUAUGAAAAAAAUUUUGAUGGACCAACUCGAUCACAAAAAUUUAGACAAAGACGUUCCGUACUUCAAAAAUAUCGUUUCCACCACUGAAAACGUUGCUAUUUACGUAUUUGAUGAAAUUAAAAAAUUGCUGUCUAAACCAGAGUUGCUUUACGAAGUUAAAAUCUAUGAAACUGACAAUAACGUUGUUAUAUAUAGAGGAGAAUCGAUGUAAUUGUUUAUAGAGUAUUUCAAAACAUUCUUUAUAUUAUUUGUAUAUCGUUUAAAAAUAGUUAAAUUAUGAACAAAAGUUCUGUGAUAAAUUGAAAAAUAAUUUUUUGGCUUUUGUAACGAAUAUAUGUUUAAUAAAA